CCAGUCGCUCUCUCGCAGCCUGGACAACAAACUUGGGAAGUCAACGGGACUUCACCGUUUCCCUUCCUGUUGGAAAGGCGGGUCCCUCGCAGCCCGUUUGGAAGCCAAACACCGAGCCCCGAAGGCGCCCCAUUGAGCCCCCUCCCCGCUUUUCCGGACGGGGUUCGGGAAGGAAGGAAGGAAGGGUCCGUGGCGAGCCGGAGGCGGCCGAGGCGGAGCCAGGAGGGGGCGGGCCCGGGCGGCGGGGCGCUGCCGAGGGCGGAGGGGGCUGGCCCCGUCCCGAGCGGCAGGUGAAGCGGCGGGGCUCCCAGGACGCCUUGCUCUCCGCCCGGACGCCGCCUGCAGCCUUCCCCGCUGGCCUGCCGGCGAAGCGCUGGAGGGAGGCGAGGCGCGGGGAAACAUCCGGGCUCGGAUUCCCCGCCGCCGCUGCUCUCGCUUCUUGGCCGAGGAGCAGGCGCCACUGCCGCCGCGUCGCUUGGCUUUGGGGGCUUCUCCGGGGCCUGCAGAGGGUCUCCUCCCCGUCCACCCAGGCCAAGAUGGCCUUCGCCAAUUUCCGCCGCAUCCUGCGCCUCUCGCACUUGGACCGGCGCCGCUCCAAGGAGUUCCCGCACGUGCGCCGAGACCUGGACCCCAACGAGGUCUGGGAGAUCCUGGGCGAGCUGGGCGACGGUGCCUUCGGAAAGGUCUACAAGGCCAAAAACAGAGAGACUGGUGCAUUAGCUGCUGCUAAAGUCAUUGACACCAAGAGUGAAGAUGAGCUGGAGGACUACACGGUAGAGAUUGAGAUCCUUGCAACUUGUGACCACCCUUAUAUUGUAAAGCUCUUGGGAGCUUUUUAUCAUGACAGCAAAUUAUGGAUCAUGAUUGAGUUUUGCCCUGGUGGAGCUGUGGAUGCUACCAUGUUAGAAUUGGAUCGAGGUUUGACUGAACCCCAGAUCCAAGUGGUCUGCCGCCAGAUGUUAGAGGCCCUGAACUACCUCCACAGCAAAAGGAUUAUCCAUCGAGACCUCAAGGCAGGCAAUGUAUUGCUGACCCUCGAUGGAGACAUCAAGCUUGCUGAUUUUGGAGUCUCUGCCAAAAACAUGAAGACUUUUCAAAAACGGGAUUCCUUCAUUGGCACACCAUAUUGGAUGGCUCCUGAGGUGGUGAUGUGUGAAACUAUGAAAGAUACCCCUUACGACUACAAGGCUGACAUCUGGUCCUUGGGCAUAACACUGAUUGAAAUGGCUCAAAUAGAGCCACCUCAUCAUGAGCUCAACCCCAUGAGGGUCCUGCUGAAAAUAGCCAAAUCUGACCCUCCCACGCUUAGCUUUCCCUCAAAAUGGUCUCCACAUUUCAAAGACUUCCUGAAGAUUGCCCUUGACAAGAAUCCUGAGACAAGGCCAAGUGCAGCACAAUUGCUGGAGCAUCCCUUUGUGAGCAAGGUCACUUCUAACAGGGCCCUGCGUGAGCUUGUGGCAGAGGCAAAGGCUGAAGUGAUGGAGGAAAUUGAAGACAAUAGAGAGGAAGCUGAAGAGGAUGACUCACCAGAACCAACAUCUCCUCAUGAUGAUAACAAAAAGGACUCCUCUGUUGCAAGCCAUCUAAGCUUGGAAGGAGAGAGGUCUCCAGAUAACUACUUAUCUCAUGUUGCAAAUGGGCCCAAUCUGUGUGUAGAGAAAGUCAAAGAAGCCACAAACAAGCAUGGUGACAAAUUUAGCAAUAACGGGAAUGGUGACAAAUUAAAAACAAUGAAAACUAUCAGUAGUUCCAACUUGUCAGAAAACGAAAGCUACAUAGAUCUCUCUAGCACCAAGGGAAAGCCAAGUGAAAUUCCCCAUUUGUUGUCACUCGGUGAAAAUAUCCACACACCAGAGAACCAGGACCUCAACCACCAACAGAAUAAAGACACUGGACUGGCUGAGUCCAGUGCAGAAAGACAGCCAGUAAGCAGCCUCCUUGAAAUACCUACAGAAGAAAAACUGCCCAAUGGGAGUUUGAGUUAUUCCUCUCCAUUUGAGAAUGGCAGUUCAAAGAGAGACUCUGAUUCAGGUAGCACCUCGGCUUCAGAGAGCAUGGAUCUCAGCAUCUCUUUAUCCGCUGACCUGUCCUUAAAUAGGGGCAGUGGGUCCAUCUCCAUGAAGGAUGCUAAGCUGCAGAAGAUGACACUGAAACGGACCAGGAGAUUUGUAGUAGAUGGAGUGGAAGUGAGUGUCACCACCUCAAAAAUCAUCAGUGAGGAUGAAAAGAAAGAUGAAGAGAUGAGAUUCCUCAGGCGGCAAGAGCUGCGGGAGUUACGUCUGCUUCAGAAGGAGGAGCACCGGAACCAAACCCAGUUGACAAGCAAACACCACUUGCAGCUGGAACAAAUGCUGAAGCGCUUUGAACAGGAAAUGAAUACAAAAAAGAAAUUCUAUGAUACAGAAUUAGAAAACCUGGAACGUCAGCAGAAGCAGCAGAUUGAGAAGAUGGAGCAAGAUCACUCACUGCGACGGCGGGAAGAAGCAAAGCGUAUCCGUAUUGAGCAGGAACGGGAUCUUGUCAGAUUUCAAGAGCAGCUGAAGCAGAAGAAGAAAGGGAUCAAGAGUGACAUUGAGAAGCUCCCACGGCAACAGCGCAAAGGGACUAUGAAGGUGAAGAUGGAAGAUUUUACACAAAAGAAGCAAGUCAUGGAACAAGACUUUAUAGCCAAACAGUCUGAGGAUAUGGAACAGGCCAUAAAAAACAUUACAGCUCAAAAUCGGAAGGAGAUCUGUGACAAAGAGCGGGAGUGCUUGAACAAAAAGCAACAACUUAUGAGGGAUCGGGAAGCCACCAUCUGGGAGCUAGAAGAACACCACCUACAGGAGAAACACCAGCUUCUUAAACAGCAGCUGAAAGAUCAAUAUUUUCUCCAGAGACAUGAGCUGGUGCGAAAACAUGAGAAGGAGCGUGAACAAAUGCAACGAUACAAUCAGAGAAUGAUGGAGCAGUUGAAAAUUCGGCAGCAGCAAGAGAAAGCCCGGCUCCCCAAAAUCCAAAGGAGUGAAGGGAAGACACGCAUGGCCAUGUUUAAGAAGAGCCUCCAUAUUAAUUCUAGUGGCAGUGCAUCAGAACAGAGAGAGAAAAUAAAACAGUUUGCACAGCAAGAGGAAAAAAGACAGAAGGCUGAACGACUGCAACAGCAGCAGAAACAUGAGAUGCAGGUGAAGGAUAUGAUUGCCCAGUGUGAGAGCAACAUGAAUGAGCUCCAGCAGUUACAGAAUGAAAAAUGUCAUCUUUUGGUGGAACAUGAGACCCAGAAGCUAAAGGUCUUGGAUGAAAACCACAAUUUGAACCUGAAGGACUGGAGGGAUAAGCUGAGGCCACGAAAAAAGGCACUAGAAGAUGAGCUGAAUCAGAAGAAGCGAGAGCAAGAAAUGUUUUUCAAACUAAGUGAAGAGACUGAUAGUCAGUCUCCAGCAUCGCCAACCAAACCUGCCAAAUUUGUGCCAUUCAGCUCUGCAGAAGCUUCAUAACCCUUGGAUUUGACGGCACAGUUGGCUUGUCAUACCUGCCUUCAUCUACUGGUGUGGACAGGGAGCCAGCAAGAGAAAUCUCCAGGUUCCCUUUUCUUCUGUGCCAGCUCAAGUCAGCAUUUCCUGCUCAGCUUUUUGUGGAAAACAACCAAUGUGGCCUAAGAUCUGCUUCAUGGGAGCAGAUAGAGAUUUGUAUUUCAUUUUCUCUGGCAGGGACUGACUGGUUGUUCUUUCGGUACUGUGAGUGUGCUUUGGGUUGGAGAUCUAGAGCUUGUCCCAUUACUGGACAUAUUUUGUUUUACCUCUUACUGAAGAGAUCAAUGUUAGAGAAUAAAGAGAUAUUUGGUGCCUGUUCAGUGCUGCUGUUAAACUUGCUGGCUUCAUUUUCCUCACGGAUAAUGAGUCAGUUGACUUCAUCUAACAGCAUGAUUAUUGUCUGAAUGGAUGGGAACUUGGCCUUAUCAAAGCACUAGGGGCUUGGCUGUGACCAUUUAAAAAGGCCAUAGAAGAUGACCUGCUUUUAUUGUGGCCUUUAUUGGUGUUGAGAAAGUAAAGAGACACCUGCUUCUUAUGCUAGUCCUCUCCUUUGAUGAAACAACUCUGUUCACUCCAUUCUGGAAUGCCAGCUGGCACUCUUCCUGGAAUCUCUUUGUGGCCCGGUUUCUGUCCUUUUCUGAAGUGUGUCAUACACACAAAGAAAGUGAAGUAUUUCAAGUCCAGAGCUGACAAAUAAGGAACUCAAAAGUUUGUAAUCCAUCUUGAAGGGACGGAUUUUCAUUACUGUGAAGCAUGUGUUUGGAGGAUAUUGCUGUCCAAAUUUGGAGGUGUUUUAGAUUAAUACGCUCACACCAAACAAUUCUUUUUAAAUGAUCACAUCUGGCACAGGCUCACACAGUUCAGAUCCAUAAGUGAUGAGAAAUUGUCAAAAGUUCAGACAGUUAAGCAAUGGCUUCUCAUUCUUAUUUGUUGGAUGGAAUUGCAAACAUAAGUGUUCCUGUCACUCCCUUGUGGCAUUAUUAUCUAUAAAAAGACAAAAUGACCAGUGUCUUUGUUUCACAACAACCAUUGAUGCUGAUUGCCAUUCUUUUCAGUUUUCAGGCAGUAUGUCCCAAUCAUCUUUUUCCUGUUGAAUACAGAGUUCUCUUUCCUAGUUCCAUUUAUUUCCCAUAUGGCUUCAAAUAUAUAUAAUAGCAAGAAAAGCACAAGUGCCCACUGCAAGAUUUUUAGCAAGGUAAAGAUGCCUUGUUCUGCAUCAGCUCACAGAUGUGACUUCUGUAGAGCAGUAAAGGCCAGUGUUAUUUUGUCAUUUUAGUCCCAGUCUUAAACUAAUGGAUAUGCUGUGAUUAUCAUCUGCUUGAGAACUGUUCUGCAAUGAUUUCAAUCAUUGUCUAUAUCUUUCCAAUUGCUCAGAUCCUGCAGCAGGUUAGAAGGCUCUGUAAAAGAAGCCACAUACAGAAGAUAUUGACAUGUUUGAGAUGGUGAAAAUGUUCACCAUUUCAGUUUUUUCAAUUUUUUUUAACCAAAGAUGUGUGAUUCUUGUUUUGAUUUAUUAAGAAUAUAUUUCAGAAAGUGUUGUCCAUUGUGUUAAACUGCAUUUCCCUUCAAAUAUAUAUUAUUUUGUUGCGUUGCACAUAGUCUUUCAUCUGAUCAGCCAGACAUUUGGCUUAAAUGUUUAAUUUGCUAUGCCAUUCAAGUAAUAAAUGCAGAUAAAGACUACAUAGUUUGUUACUGUACUAUCUUAAAAACACCAUGUGUUGAAAUGGCAACAUGGUCCAAUUUCCCAUAUUAUCUACAACUCAGGAACUUUCCAACAAUAGGAAAUGUAGGAAAUGAUGUAGGAAAUGAUGCUUUUGGUUUCUUUUCUGGGAUUUCUUUGUAUGAAAUAAUGUAGCUCUUCUCACUAUUAACUUGCUGAGAUGCAGAGUGGAACUGAAGGCUGCUGGCAGUUUGAAGUCUCUGCAGUGUAGGAGUGUAAGGAGCAAGAAUCCAUGAAAUGUGUUGCGACCAGAACUAGUGUAUGACCGAAAGGGGCUACACCUGAGAAGCACUUUAAUCCCUCAAUGUAUUUUUUAAAAUGUCUCUGUACAUAAACAUUUAGACAGCCAGAAUUCUUCAGAGUCAAUGAACCAAUGUAUGAGUAUGCAUAAUGCUGAAGUCAUUCCCACCUGGCUUCUCUUGCAUAUACGAAUGGCAGACUCUCCAUCCAUGGUUCACUAUGAUAUAUGAAGAAGGAACUCUAAUUUGUCUCUCACAUCAUUGGUUCAUAAUUCCAGUUUGCCUGGGGAUAUAGAAGCCGGUGUUCCUAGUUUGAAAGUUAUAAUCAAUAAAGUUGGAACUAGUUCAUGGCUAGUUUAGACAGCCCUAUUUACUGAAAGAGUCAAGCAGGAGCACUAAACCAAUAUGCAACAUCUUAUUGAGACUGAUAAGUCAAACUGUUAAUAAGACUAUAACCUUGGUUUAUUGUGUGAGAAUCAAGCUAAUGUGUGUGGAUUUGUGUAAGAGAGAGAGAAACUGAACAAAAGCUAAAAAAAUGCUUUUGGAAUUAAAUUGAGUAAAACCUUUUCAGGCAAUUUCUAUGCUAGCUUUCUGUUGCAAAUAAUUUUAUAUAAUUUAAAUGUAUCCACAUGUGUGCAUAGACACACAAACUCACACGUUGCUUAUCAUUAGGCUAGGAAAACAAAAUGUGGUUGACAAUUUGAACAUUUCACAAAUGCAUGGUUGCAGUAUAUUUUCUCUCUUGUCAUUCUGGUUUUGACUGAUAGCAAGAGGUGCUGAGACAUCACAGUAUAUUUAUCUCACACAGAGUUUCAAGGAAGUAUCUUCCCUCUUUUUAAGACAAGAAAGAUCACUUUCUCUCUUUUAAGUAACCUUCUCCUAAUCCUGCAAAACCAAUGUACCUUUUUGCCUGUUGGGACAGAGUGCUGAUAUUUUUACAUGGUGGACUAAAUAAGGAUGAUAUUUUUCUCUAUAAUAGAUAUUCUUUUAUUGGGUAGCCACUAUGAUGUAAAUAAUCUAAUAAAAACCAAACCACAGUGAACCUGCACAUAUUUGUCCAGAACUCUGUGUAACUCUUGUGUGUGUUUUUAGGGUCAGCAGAGCUGACUUGAGUUAUAUUUAUGCAUAAACUUGGUGUGGGAAUAAUGGAAUCCUGUUCGUUGGAAUUUAAACUAUCCUGAUCAACAACUUUUGGACUCUUAACCAAACAUAUUUCGAAAAUAUAUAUUGUCUCAUUUGAACACAUCUGUACUAAAAUAUGUUAGAAAUAAACUACUAAUUUUUGAAGCAAACCUCACUUGAAGAUGUUUUAAUUCUCUGUUGCUGCAUAUCUAAACAUAAUUAAGGAAUUUCACUUUUUGGCAGAGAAAAGGUCUGCAAGGUCUGGGCCCGGGCUGUGGCGCAGACGGGAGAGCAAGCCAGUGCAAUUAACUGCAAUGAAUCACUCUGACCAGGAGGUCAUGAGUUCGAGCCCCGCUCGGAGCCUAUGUUUGUUUGUCUUUGUUCUAUGUUAAAAGGCAUUGAAUGUUUGCCUAUAUGUGUAAUGUGAUCCGCCCUGAGUCCCCUUCGGGGUGAGAAGGGCAGAAUAUAAAUGCUGUAAAUAAAAAUAAAUAAAAUAAAUAAAUUUCCAUCAA